CACGUCUCACCCACGCUCUCCCAAGAGAGGGAUCAAGCGCAGGAAGGGAGAGGCCGUGGUUUUGCGUGGAGGCGACAAAGUGCCCCUGGCUUGCCUCUCACUGAGGCUCUUCAGUGUGUGUGUGUCAGUGAUGAUGAGAGCGGCAGCGUUGAUCUGUGCGUGCCUCGUGUCGUCAUGCUGGGCACAGCUCCUCCCGAGAGGCCGGGCUGGGGAGGGUAUCCUGGGAGGCCAGAAACGCAUCAAAGAGUCCCGGUACGUGUCACUGCCAUGCCGCGCAUUACUCCCUCUUGGCUGCAUGAGCUGCUGUCCAUCUGUCUGUGUGUGCAGGAAGGUUGAUAUGGCCAAGUGGGGCAUGCCAGGAGUGAAGAUCGGCAUCGACGAGAUGAUCAAGAACGGGCCCACCUUCAACAAGCUCAAGGAGAUAGCGGAGCUGCCAUCGGACCAGAUGUUCGACGCCCUCGCGUCGGAAAGGGGGCAGCGGCUGGUGAGCAGCCUGUUCGAAAACCUGAGGCCACAGACGGCUGGCGACAUCGUCUCGCAGCUCCUCACUCAGACCACACCCGAACAGGCCGAGCAGGUCAGUCAGGCAGGGCCCUCAGCUGUUGUUUGGGUGCGGCAUUUAUCCACUGGCUGUGCGCGUGUGCAGAUGGUUGAGACGGUGAUGGAGAAGCUGGAAGACGAGGAGACGCCCCAGAUGCUGGAGGAGCUCGUCGACAGACUCAACGAGGAACAACUGCAGGACAUUGUCGCCACUUUCGUCGAACGGGUGAGUGAGCUCACGGCAAGCACGCAUCACAGUGCGGCCAUCACCCCCCUGUUGUGGCGUUCCGUCAGGUCCCGUCAGAGCCUAUAGCCGAGUUCGCCAAGGCGUUGGCAUCCAUUGAUGAGGAGAAGAUCGAGAAGGUCAGUCAGCACGAGCCAGCCAGGGAACACGCAUCCUCACCGCAUUCGUCACCUCUGUGUGCGCCAAUGUGUCGUGUCUGCAGAGCGGUUUGGAUCCCGAGAAGCUGAGGCCCAUCUUGGCCAAGCUCCUCGACAGUAUCGAUGAUGAAGACUACAACAAGCUCGCCGGCGCCAUCGAGGAGGCCCUCCCCCCAUCCAACCUUGGGGGCGUCCUGGCGGCCACUCUCCCCUCUCUUCAGACCAACUCACUCCUCUUCGAGCGCACUCUGCGCACCAUCUUCUCCGCAGAGGACACACUCGAGCGGUCGGCACCCGCCACGGCUGACGCGGAUGAGAGCAAGAAUCCGCUAGAGAGGACUCGCAAGAUCCUGGAGGAGACGCUGCUGCAGGCACCGAGCAGCACGGGCAACAAAGUCGUCGCCUUCAUCCUUGAGGACUCGAAGCUCGACGCCUUUGCGACACCAGCAGAACGUGAAGAGUUUGUCAAGUGAGCCAAGAGAGGGAAGAGUGGGGACACAAAAACCGGACUGCACUGAUGAGAGCCGUUGUGUGUGUCGCAGGGGGCUGAUCGAUGACAUCCAGACGAAGAACAAGACGCUGGCUGGCGAGCUGCGGGAGCUCCUGGACGAGGAGGACACAGACGGCAAGACAGCCAGCAUUUUGAGCAAAACGAACAGCACCACGAGCGCCAGCAACAGCACGGCAAAGGACGAGAAGCGGUAGCCGAGAAAUGCGAAGAGUGUGGGUAUCGUACUGGCAUGUGUGUGUAUGUAUGGGAUGCAUACAAUGAAUGCAUCGACUGAUAUAAUGAGGCAGUCAGGCCUAUAGGCCUCCCGGCCCAGAGAUGAGAUCCUUCCCUUCCCUCUCCCUUCCCUCUCCCUUCCCUCUCCCUUCCCUCUCCCUCCCCUCCCCUCCCCCGCUUCAUGUCUGCCUCCCCCUGUGAGGGAGUGUGUGUCUCUUGACAGGCAGGGCCGGUUUUACGUGACGUACGUGAGCGUUUGUUGAUGGGACACAUGAGAGUAUGUAUGUAAUCUGCGUCCAUGUGUCGUGUCAAGGUCUGUGUAUAUUUGCUAGCCUGUUUUGGAUGGGAAUAAGAGUAGGAGGGAGGGAGGGGUGGUUGAUGGGGUGGGUGGUGGAGAGAGAGAUGGAUGCGCCGGCCCCCAAAGUGGGAGCUAGGUAGAGCAUAGCACACAUUCGAUCAUUCAGGGCGCAUCGACUAAAUACUAGGCGUCUAUCAUUGUGAGGGGAUGGCAUAUGAGUGGGUCCCAUGGUGUGUCUUCGUGUGUGUACGGAUGUAUGUAUGUGAUUGAGUGGGUGUCUUGAGCUGAGCUCGUGUGGAUUCCGAAUGAAUGGACACGACACGUUGCAUAUAUUUUUGUGGAUGGAUGCUCAUUCGUGUUCAUAGCAACAAGAAGCCUUCCUGUCGCUUUCAUAGCCAUGCACACGUCUGUUGUCCCUAGGCUGCUGCGACAUAGCUGCCUACAUGUGUGUGUGUGCUGCCGUGGCCACAUCAUCA